CAAUGUCACUUCAUAAACCCAUGUAUAAAACCAUCAUAAAAAUAUUCUCAUUAAAUAUUACUAACUUAGCUUGAAAAUAUUACAAAGUACUAACUAAUCUUGUUUCAAAACAAAUAUCACCAGCAAAUCAACGAUAAAUAGAACUAUGUCGACGCUAUUGUGCCUCAGUCACCGUGUCCUUGCCACACUUGAAUCUUUGUUGUUGAUGUCAAGACCCUCCAUUGCCGUUGUUGAUCUUUUGCCGUCACCACCGACAUCACAGCCCUCUACCAUUUUUUCUCACACUAGCAUCACACUUUACAUCGUUGUCAUUGCAAUAUAACAUUAACUGUCAAUACAAUGUCAACGGAAGACAUAAUCGCAAAAAUGGCACCACACCAAUAUCACACACAACAAUGUAUAAUGUUGCAUAUGCUCAUAUAUAAUGUCAUACAAAGGCAUCAUGCCAAACAUGACCCAAUGCCCUGCACAAUACACGCGACCAAUAACUUUUUACGUGGCCAUCAUUGGGCAGAUAAAUGAUCAAUCAUCACCUAUAACGGAACAUUCUCGUUUUUAACACCAAAUCGUCAUCCCAAAGCAUCCAAACAAAACUCAAGGAAAGCUAAAUUUGAUUAAAGAUUGAGAAAGAACUCACUCACUUUUGAAAUCAAAGCUUUGAGUGAUGGGAAGUGGUGGGGCGGCGUGGCAAAUCUAAGAGGGAUGCAUCGAUGAAACUUUGAGGGAGGGGGUGCACACGGUGAUGACACAGUAAUUGGGCGGUGGUGGUGAUGGUGUUGUGAAAUGGAGGUGGGGUGUGGUGACAGAUCUAAGAGGGGUGCAACAAUGAUUCUUAGAGUGCUGGUGGUGUAUGGCAGUAGAGAUGGCGCUCGGAUCAAAAGUGGUGAUAGUGAUACAUUGCUAUUGAGUGGCGGAGAUGAAGAUUGCAAAGGAUUAAAGAUUUUCUCGCAGCAACCUUCGAUUUUCUAGCAGCUCCCCUUCCCCAACCUUCCUCGCAGCCACACACCUUCUCGCCGGGCGCUGCAACUCCAUCCGCCACAGAUUGGGGCAGGAAGAACAAUGAUUCCGUUGAUAGCUUUGGAAAGUAUGUAAUGCCGCAAGGGUCUGAAGGUCGAAGAAAAGACAAUAAUAAUUCAAAAACCAGUGCUGAAGAGAAGUUCCUGAAUUCAAAUCCAGGGAACAAUUGGAUUAACAUGAAGGGAUUCGAAGCUGCCAAAUUGAGCAACCUGUUACGGUUGAAUGCUUCUCAACUAGAGAUGUGUGUUCUCCUACCUAGCGAGAAUAUAUAGCAGCCAUUCAAGAGUUUCGUCUCUACUGUUCCUCAAAUUGGAUUCUAACUGGCUAUUGAGCUGCUCUGAUGCCGGAUACCAUUCUCACAUCCAGUGGCGAGACGCCAUCAGCUUCCUCCGAUCUCAGCUCAUCUUCACGCACAAUAUGCCGUGUAUGUCAAAAGCAAUUUUCACUAUACACCUGCCCUCGAUGCAACACGCGUUAUUGUUCUCUUCAGUGUUAUAAGUCUCAUAGCCUUCGCUGUACUGAAUCCUUUAUGAGGGAAAAUGUUAUGGGGGAGCUGCAGCUAUCACAAUCAGAUGAUCAAAGUAAAAAGAAAAUGGUGGACAUACUAAAACGAUUGCAUACAGAGGAUGAGAUGGAAUCAAUGGAUGACGAUGAACCAGAUUUCUCACUGUCAGAAGCAACCAUUGAAAAGGUCUUAUCAGGAAGUGAUAUAAGUAUUGAUGAUUUAUCUGUUGAAGAACAGAAACGUUACCGCAAAGCAAUAGCCUCUGGAGAGUUGAGCAAAUUGAUAGAGCCAUGGGAACCAUGGUGGACCAAGCCAUCAGCCAAAUAUAUCUCUCUCGGUUUGGAUGGAACUCAACUAGUCCAGCCACUUUCUUCUGAAAAGCAGCAAGAAGUGGAUGUUUUGCAGGACAUUCCGGCUGGCCCUGAAUCGCCUUUGCCCUCAGUCAGUAAGCUGAGUGCUUCUGCACCAUCCCCACUAUUGGCAGUUCACCUGGUUGACAUUGUAUAUAGCUACUGUUUCACCCUUCGUAUUUACAAUGGCGACUGGAAAUCAGAUCCUAGCGGGUCUGCCAUGGUUUUGCUCAGCCUGUCUCAUGUUCUUGGUCAAGCUGCAGCACAGCCAGAGACUAUAUUGGAGGCUCUGUCAUAUUGUCUGGAGCAAACGUGUUCCCCUCCCUUUCGACAUAUGGGUGGCCCACAAUUUGGGUUCAGACUCAUGGAAGACGUGAUAGAACUUUUCAAUCUCGGCGGUUCGGCAUUAGUUUGUUUGCUUUGUGAUAUGCAGAACCUGCUUCAAUCGGCCGUGGAAGAACUCAAGUCAGAUAGUAAACAACAGUGCAAGUCUGAAAAGUUGGACAUGAAGAAAAAGCUUAGGUUGGCCGAGAGGAAGGUUUAUUACAUGAUGUGUUGGGUUCAUGAUCAGAUAGGGGAGGUGUGGUCUUCCAUAGCUGCCAUUGUGAAUGUAGAGAAGAGCCAAACCAUGGGAUAUGUUGGCAAUGGAACUAGUUUCCGGAAGGAGGAGAAAACAGAAAGCGCCGGGAAGCCCUUUAUCAAAGAAAUCCGGUGAGGUGAGUUUCACCGCUUGGCUGUUCGGGAAAUGCUACAUGCAAAUUGAGGCAAGAUUCAUUGUUUUUUGAACAUGUUAAAUUUCAAUGCUCACCAUCCCUUUUGUUUUAAGUCGUUGGAAGAAAUUGGAAAGAGUUGGAAAAAAUGUAUGGAUUAGAUAAAGUUGAAAGUUAAUUUUUUCCAACUGAAAAAACAGAGCUUUAGUGGCAAGACAAGACAAUGUGAUGUUCUUAAACAUUGUCGUUAUACGAUCUCCAACUAUUUAUUUGUGUAUUUUAUUGAUAAUUUGAUAAAAUAACACAUUCUUGUCUCU